UUCCAUUAGCCAUUUAUCGAUCCGCAGAGUAAAUGUCGCGGAAAACUCUCCACAAUUGCAAUGCUAUCUAUCGACACCGGUUAAACCUGUUUCGUAGUGCUCUAUAGAUCGCUCUAUAGAUCGCUUGCAAAUAAAUAAAUAUCGUACACGAAAUCAGAAAUUUCAUUCAUUCAGUGCAUUUUAGCAACGGGAACUAGAAUGAUCAGAACCACUGCAUGUCUGUGCCUGUUCUUAUUGUUUAUCUGUCUGUUUAUUCCACGGAAUGAUGGCGCCACAAAAGUUUUCUACGAGUUUCACAUUCGCGAAAACACUGACAAGGGCGAGCUCAACGGUACAUCAACAUACAGUGAAAGUGAUGCUCGUGCGGAACCCGAACUAAUCGUCACAGGGAAACGGACUUCGUCCGUGAUUUUGCCUGGCUAUGAUCCCACCGCCGGUAACUAUGUCUACAAGGAGGAUGCCACCUAUGUGGCGGAUGACAGUGGCUACCAUGUCCAGUACAACCAUAGCAUAGAAGCCGUGGAUGCUGACACGCGGAUAAGUGCAAAAGCGCUCAAAACAACCGUCGGUUGAGGGCGGCGUAAAUAUCAUUAGCAUUAGAAAGAAUCUGAACUAAUUAUUAUUUAUUAUCAAUUGCAACACCCAGACACCAGUCUGGCUGGAACUAGAACUAGUAGCUGUCCCACGGCACAGGCACAUAUCGCAUGUCACAUGGCUGAGGCUGACAAAAAACAAACAGAAACUGUAAAAGAAUUGUUGGAAUCGGUACAAUGAAAUCUUUUGCACAUUGCGUGUUGAAUUAUGCAUAUUAUCAUGUAUGUACAUAAACACAACGACUAAUAUUAAUGCGCAAAUCACACAGCAAUCAAAUUUUAGUUUAUUGAUAUUUUAAGAGCUUUACCAUUGUGAUUUAAAAGGAAAAAUAAUUGUAGGCGAAACACUCAACAAUUUUCUAUACGAUUGUUUAGUUUGGAUGAGCAUAAUUUUAUUUUAUUUAUUUGGCAGUAUUUAUGUGAACAAUUUCAUGAAUUUUUCAAUUAAAAUUGUCCCUGCUCAUAAAUUAACAAUAUUGCAGCUCAUUUAGUUUGCCUUAAUUGUUUUCGUCUUCAAACCUCUUUUUUGUGUCAAUUUUAUUUAUUUUUCCAUUUAAAUGAACUUUUUAAAGCUGCUGUAAAUAGCAGUUUAAUAAUUUUAGCGUUGCCACUUGAUUUCUGUACGAAGUGAAGUUGGUUGCGUCUCACUCCUAUGUGAAAUGGCAACAUUUUUUUCAAUAAUUUGCCAAAAUAUUCAUUGCAUUAAAAGUAUAAAUCUUUCUUAUUUUUCUA